GAAAGUGAGACCAAAGAAAAUAUGAGUUGUGUUGCGAUAUAAAGAGCGGGAUUUGUGUUAUUUAUAACAAUAAACAAAUCGACAAAUAAAUAUAUAAAUACAUUUAUAGUUGAAUAAAUCCAAUAAAGGACAAUAAUAUUUAUUAUAAAAGUAACCAAUUUAAUUGUGGAGUUAUAAGUAUUUUUGUCACAAUGGCGGAUACAAAAAAUGAUACCAAGUCUGAGUCCGAGCACAUCAACUUGAAAGUUCUUGGUCAGGACAGUGCUGUCGUGCAGUUUAAAAUAAAAAAACACACGCCGCUAAGAAAACUCAUGAAUGCUUACUGCGAACGUGCCGGUCUAGCCAUCGCGUUGGUGCGUUUUAGAUUUGACGGGGCGCCGAUAAACGAAGCCGACACCCCGUACUCCUUGGAGAUGGAGGAAGGAGACACCAUCGAAGUCUAUCAGCAACAAACUGGCGGUAGAUGCUGAGCUUAGGUCAUAUUUAUAAGAAAAAAUAUUUAAUUAUAACUUUUUAUAUUAUUCGUAAACUUUAUUACCAUUUCCGUACAUUAAGUUUCUGAUUCGAAUCUUUGUCUGAGACACUGAUCGGAAAAUUUAUGAGUUUGAAUGUCGCAUGCAUCAGAUGAAUUCAAAAUUAUAAAUAACUAGAGUGAAUAAUUUUUUAAAAAACAUUCAUAAAAAAUGCCCUUAUUAAUUUUUUAAAUGCCCAUUUUUUUCAAAUUUUUAAAAUUAAUUGCUUACUCGAUUUAUUUAUAAUUUUAAACUUAUCUGAUGACUGCUACAUUUACUCAUAAGAAUUUCAAAAUUUUCUUUCCGUAAAUUACUAAGUUUUUUUCGUACUGUAGAUACUCGACUGUUUAUUGAUUUUUAAAGAAAUAUUUAAAUAUUUUCCAACUGACGAUCUCGUUUAUUAACAAAUAAAAUAAUUGUUGAUUUGAUAUUCAAAAAUUUAUAAAGUUCUUACGACGAUAAAAACUCCAGCAAAUUGAAAUAAGAAAAAAAAAGCCAUAAGUUAAUUUAAAAUAUUUGUCAAAAAAUUAAAACCAAAUUUGGGUUUUAAUAUUCAAGGAGUUAAUUUUUUUACAAGCG